AUGUUGAAAUUGAAACUAGAGAGAGUUGAUUGCAACAUGACCCAAACUUGGAGGGGCAUUUUUGUAAUUAACCCAAAUAUCAAUGUAUCUGAAUUGUAUUAUGCUCCUUUAUUAUUUGAACUAAGGCUUGCUCACCGAGGUACAGAAUCAAUUAAUCUCGAUUCUCUGAUCUAUUAUGGUCCUCCACUUAAUUGCACUCACGCUCAAUGGCUCAUCACUCAAAUGGGAGAACUUCAUCCAUCACCAAGUUGCCUCCUAUAUCCUGAGAGGGCUUACAAUUUUAAAUCAAUUAUCCACUAUUUGUUGUUGGUGAUUUCUCAUGUACAUCUUCCCCCGGCUUGUUAA